AAACUAGAAGCUGCAUAGGCUAAUUUGCUUAUAAAAAGAGGCAUUCAGUCACUGCAAAAAAAUGCAUAAUAUCACAGAUAUUUCACAGUAGUACUCUCGUGUUUUACAUAUAUACUUCGAUCGGCAACUGAUCUACUCGUACUACUACUUCUACCAAAAGUUUGAAAAGAAUCAUCAAAUAUGGCUAGUCUUUCUUUGGAGGAAACAGUACUUGAAGAAGUGAAGAGUGAGACGGAAGAUCACUUGGAAUGCUUUGACCCAGUUCAAGCCAUUAUAAAAGGGUUUAAAUACUUCAAGCAGAAUGAAUUCGACCCGAACAGACCGUUUUACGACGAACUUGCCAAAGGCCAGGAACCCAAGUUUCUGGUAUUCGCAUGUUCAGACUCCCGAGUGUCCCCCUCUAUUAUCUUGAACUUCAAGCCUGGGGAAGCCUUCGUGGUCCGCAACAUUGCUAACUUGGUUCCUGUGUUUGAUCAGCUAAAACACUCCGGAACUGGCGCUGCCAUUGAAUAUGCGGUAUCGGUUCUUAAGGUACCAAAUAUCCUUGUGAUUGGGCAUAGUCGAUGCGGUGGGAUAGAAAGGCUUAUGUCCUAUCCCGAGGAUAAUUCUGCUCCUUUUGAUUUCAUCGACGAGUGGGUCAAAAUUGCUUUACCUGCCAAGAAGAAGGUCAAGGCAAAUUGGGGCAAUUGUUCAUUUUACGAACAAUGUAAACAGUGUGAAAAGGAGGCAGUGAAGUUGUCCCUUACGAACUUAAUGACAUAUCCAUAUGUCCGAGAGGCGAUUGCAAACAAUGCACUCAAGUUGAUGGGUGUAUACUAUGAUUUUGUUGAUGGAAAAUUAGAGGUUGUGCUGUUCGAGGGUACUGAUCACUUUUCACCUCCCAUCCCAGCUAUCUGAGUGAUCUCUAAGUUUUUAGUCAUGUUGUCUCUUAUUGGCAAUAUUAUCCACAAAAUAAUUAAGCAAAGGCAGGACCCCUUUGCAAACUGCGCGCAUGCAUUUUGUUUUUUGUAAGCUUUAAGCUGAUGAUCUGGUUGUUUCAGACAUGCUUUGUAAAUUCCCAUAUUCUCCUACCAUCCCCAUAUGAGUACUGAUCUAAAGUUAUAGUCUCAAGCUUUUUUAA